ACCGAAAUGUGGAUGAAUCGACUAACUUGGCCUGGAAUGGCAUCGUUCAAGUCUGCAGCGAAAGUUAAAUUUGCCACUAAGUCUUAUCCUCUCGCAGGUUUUAAGAAGAGAUACAAUAACUUAUCCUUCUAUCUGAUUCUCAGAGGAGGACAUAUGGUAGCCUAUGACACACCGGAGGCGGCUCUGCACGUUGUUCAGCAGAUCUUGAAAGACUAUGGUUCAUAA